AUGGAGGAGAUCCUCUACGAGCUGAGAGAUCAUUCAGCAGGACUCAACUGUGGCAUCUGGGAUUAUUCAGCCUCAUUUGUCAACAAGUUUGGUAGGAGAGAAACCUCCUCUACAGCUUUUUCCCUGAUGACUGCCAGAGGUCCAGGGCUAUAUGAAGCAUCAGGACUAGUUUCCUUACAGUUAAGUAAACCUGUGUUUCCCCAUUAGGUCACCGUCACAACUUCCUGCUGCCUGACCGCAGCAAAUAUGUCAACAUGGAGAAGCGUUUCCUGCGCAGCUACAUGGACCUGCUGGUUCAGACGUGUCAUCGGAGGGGAGCGCUGGCGACAGGAGGGAUGGCUGCCCUGCUGCUGCCUCAGGACCCGCUAACUGACUCCCACCAGAGAGUGCUGGCCACUGUCACCAGGUAG